AUGCAGAUACUUCAAUUCGUCGCUCCUGCUACAAAGUAUGGCAAAUCCACUGUUUUCAUUACCGGUGCGCUAAUGCACAAAAUGAUAACGAUUGCCAAUGACAGUGAGGUGGAAAUGCGAUUAUUCGAUGGUAAUUUGACGAUCUUCAGGAAUUUUGUGUAUGAAGUAGGUUUUGUGCCAAUGUUUUUGCACUUGUAUGCGAACACAACGAACACAUUCCAUAAUUUAGAGAUCGCCGCUUUUUUGACAAUUCUCGAGAAACAAGGAGCGAAAUAUCGUUAUCACGGCGAAAAAGAUCUCAAUCAACUGUUGGGGAAGCUGCUGUUGGGAAAAAUGCAUGUUUUGUUAAAUUAUGUUGAAAUAUCUGGCAAUUACUUCGAAUUUGCUUAUUGGAAGGAUAUUCAAGAAUAUUGUAUUGUUUUACCGCGUCGGUACGAACGAAUGCAUCUGCAACUGCUGUUAACGCCAUUUAAAUGGCAAAUAUGGACGGUGAUAGUGCUCAUUCUGGUAGCAAUUCAAAUCGUAAGCUUUAUAUUUCCGGAACGUGUGCCGCGUUAUUUGAUAUUAAAGUGUUUUUUUGGUGGUGGAGUAUCGGAGCACAAUCUGACCACGGGCAGCCGGUUAAUUCUUUGCGUUAUUUGCAUUCUAAUAUUUCUGUUUACUGAAACGUAUCAAGCGAUUCUUCUUUCGCUCAUGUCGGCAGAUCCAUUCGUAAAGAAUCCUGAAACAAUCGAAGAAUUUAUUGAGCAAAACCAAACCUUGAUAAUCAUAAAAGGUACACAAUCGGAUAUGCCCAGGAAAUUAAGAAGUCUGUUGAAAGUGGUGGACAAGAUGGAUAUAAAUAUGACACUUACAAAUGCAACAGUAGUGAACUGCGAUAUAGCACAUUUUUUGAACAAUAAUCCAUUCGGUUGGACGUUACCGGCAAAAGCCGAUCUGAUAGUGAUCAAGCCACGCUUGUAUCAGCGAUUGAAGCACGUUGUUUUCAGCUGGACAUGUCCAGCUGUCCGAGAGUAUCAAAGGUACAUGGAUCACAUAUUUGAAGUAGGACUUUAUCGUCAAGUUCAACUGAAAUUGUAUCCAAAACUAAUGUACAGCCGAAGAGAACAAUCAUUUAACGAUUUAAUUGUGCUUACAGACGAUCUUAUCCCUGUGUGGGAGCUGUUGGGAACGGGUUUGUCAGUAGCUUUUGCAUGUUUUAUAUCAGAGAUCGUGGUGUAUAAAUUACAUUAUAUUGUCCAAAAGAUAAGACGCUACAAUUAGUGAUAAAAGAGCAACUUAAUUUUAUUGUAUCGCUUAAGCAAGAGUUCAGCAAUGUACUUAAUGAAUGUAUAAAAUUUAUGCUAAUGUAUGCUGUAUGGGUAUAUAGUUGAUACCACAUCAUGUUAUGAAUGCUUACAUUUUAAAGCAUUUUAUCAAUAAGUAUUUUAACAAUAAAAACAGAGUUUCUUACAGAGAUGUGCACACUGAAUAA